AGACUGUCCAUUUGGUACACGCUCGUGACGGUCGUCUUCCGCUGCCCGUCAUCGCCCAAACAGCUCACCAAAGACUCACCAAACGUGUGCGAGCCUUACUUCCAGCUGAGAGACUUUGCGCUCCCUCACCUCGAACCCUACUACAAUGCCUAUGCCGCUCCCUACGUUCAACAAGCCCGGCCCUACUUUGACCGCGUCAAGGACCAAGCCUACGUUCCCGCCGCUGCCUUUGCUCAAAAGCACGGUGCUCCUCGUCUCGCGCAAGCUCAAGAGUACGCGACCAAGGAGUGGAAGCGAUCCGUUCACCCUCAGCUCGACGUCGCCCGCAAACACGCUCUAAAGCAAUACGAAUCCACCCUGGGUCCCCACGUCCAGAAGGUCCAAGACGCCGUUUCCCCUUACUACACCACUGUCAAGGCUUCGGCAUCUGACUUUUACGAGCUUGAGCUGUUGCCCGCUUACAAACACACUGCUCCUUAUGCCAAGAAGUUCUAUGGUCAUGCCCACCGUUUCUCCGUCAACACCGCUCUGCCAUACGCGCGUUGGGGCACCGAUCUGACCUUUGCCUUUAUCAGCAGACAGGUCUGGCCCAGGAUUCAAGUUCUCUAUGGAGAGAACGUCGAGCCUCAAAUCUUCAAGAUCAGCCAGAGAUUGGGACGUUACCGCGAUGAGAAGAAGAUCGAAGCUGCUAUUGAAUCUGCCGAGAGCUCCGCCUCUUCCUCGUCCUCUUCGCUCUCGUCGGUCGCGUCUGUCUCUUCUACUGUUGCUACCAGCUCCCCCACUGCUGUCGUUUCUAGCGCCAGUUCUGUUGUUGAAUCCAUCUUGACCAAGGCAUCUAGUGCUGUCGUGGCCUCGCCGUCAAUGGCUUCUACCGAAGACGCACCCAGUGCUGCCGAACAAUUCACUCAGGACUUGAAGGUCUGGGAAGAGCAUGUUUCCAUUGCUGUGCGCGAGGGUCUGGACCAUCUACGCGAGCGUAUCCAAGAGAUCUGUGAUCGCCAGGUCGAGACCCAGACUAACGGUGUCGGUGAAGCUCUGAUCAUACAGCUCGGGGAGAGCUCCUCGUCGGCUUUCAGAAGCUUGAAGGCCAAGGUCGAGAGUGUCAUCGAGCAUCUUCCUGAAGAGGCUUCAGAGUCCGACAUGUCAGCUGCUCAAGAUACCAUCAACAAGGAGGUCAAGAAGGCUGGUCUGACUAUCAAGCAGAAGGCUCAGAAUGUUCGCGAUUGGAAGCAGACCUUUGACAAGGACAUCACUCAUCUUAUCGAGGCUGCCGCUAACUCGACACUCGAGACCAUUGACAACAUCCGUGAUCUACGUCUGCAGGAGAUUGGCAGGCGCUGGGCUUCCAACGCUGCCAUCACUCACAGAGAUUGGACCAAAUACAACGACCUCAAGAAGGCUUCAAGCAAGGGUCGCGAUGAGGUCGCCGCCCUUGCAACUUCCAAGGAACUCGCUGAGGCCAAGGACGGUGCUCGCCAGAUCGAGGAGAGAGCUAUGGCCGUUGCUGAAGAUGCUGCCAAGGAACUGACCAGACUGAAGGGUGUCUCUCAAUGGAAACUGGAAGCUAGAGAUUCUUCGGACGAUUUCAACACAAAAUAUGCACCAGCCGCUGCCGCUUGGGCUAAGAAGCAAGUUGUCGACAAGAUUGCUGAUGCCAAAGAGGCAAUCGCUGGAAGCUCUCAAGGUACGGUCGAGUCAGCCACCUCGGUUUUCACUGGCUCUGUCGAAAGUGCCGCUUCCAAAGUGUCUGAGAAAAUCGUUGGUUCUGAACAACCCACAAUUCAGAGUAUCGCCUCUGUUGUUUCUGAAAACGCUAAGAGCGCGGCGACUGUUGCUUCCGAGUCUGUUCUGGGCACACAACCCGGCGUCGCAAAACAGGCUGUCACCAAGGUAUCUGAGGCCAUGGCAAAGAGCUUGAGAGCUGCAAAGUCCAGCGUCUCAUCUGCUGCUAGUGGUGUUUCUUCUAGUGUCGCUUCAGUCGUGUCAAGUGUUUCAGCUCCCUCGAUCGUCUCCGAAGCGUCCUCAAGUGCCAGUUUUGUUGCUCAGCAGGGAGCUUCGAGUGCAUCAUCAGUAGCCUCUCAGGUGUCGGAGUCGGUCUCAGUCGCCUCGGAGAAGGCCUCAAAGAAGGUCUGGGGCGGAGCUAUGGCUCAAGCAGUACCUUCUGCGCAUUCGAUUGUUCUUGACGAUGAUGUUGUCGAUGAUGAGGACACGUACUCCAAGAAGCUGCAGGACAUGUUCGGAAAGGCUGGCGACCAACUCACCCGUGCCGUACAAGAUGCAAUGAAGCCUGCACCUACCCAAGGUAGCAUCGAAUCGGUUACAUCUCUUGCCAGCGAGCAAUAUGAGAAGGCUCUAUCUGCCGCAAGCAGUGUCAUAUAUGGCACUGAACAGGGUGUUGGGGAGUCUCUGUCAAGCGUUGCGAGCGACAGAUACGCAUCCGCAGUGUCUGCCGCGUCCAGCGCCAUUUAUGGAGCACCCGUCCCUGCCACCAAAUCGAUUGCAUCACAAGCCGCUUCGAUUGCAGCUUCCAUCACUGCUAGCGCUAGUAGCACCGGAGACUCUUUCCAAUCUCAGGCAAGCUCCCUAUACACUGAAGCUCAGUCCGCUUACUCCAACUCUAUCGCCGAUCCUGUGCAGUCUGCACUCUCUUCCAUCUCUUCGAUCGCGUCUUCAAGACUGCAAGAAGGUCUCUCAUCAGCAAGUGCCCAAUUCGAAAGCGCCAAGGUUGCUGUCGGAGCCUCACCUACCCCAGUCCAGCAAGGAGUCCUUACAGAUGCGCAGCGCAGAUACUACGAAAUGGUCGGAUACGCUUAUGACCGCUACUCGGCCUUCGAAUCUGCUGGAAGAGACAUGGUUCGCCCCACUCCGACUUCUGGUGCAUCAUCAUAUCUUGUUAUUGCUUCUUCUAAGGCUAGUGAGGCUGUUUACGGUACUCAGCCUGCCAUGUACGAGAAGCUUCUUGCUUCUGCUCAAAGCCAGUAUGAUGCGGCUUAUAGCGGCGCAAGCUCCAAUUUGAACAACAUUCUCGAUUCUGCAAGCUCUACUGCCGGGCCCGCUUUCGACACUGCUUUCGAACAGUACGAGUCAGCAGUCUCGGCUGCUGGUGAGCAGUACUCAAGCGCAAGUGUCAAGGCAAGCGAAGCAAUCUUUGGAACUUCAACAGGCUCAGUCGAAUCGAUUGCCAGUGCUGCCAGUACCGCAAUCUAUGGUAGCGAAACUCCCUGGACGGAAGCUGCAGCUUCGCAAGCCAGUGAGAAUUGGGAAUUGCUGGUCUCCAAGGCCAGUGAGCAGGUUUACGGUUCCCCCACACCCUUCUUCUCUCAAGCCAGCGGAUACGCUUCUCAGGCUACUGUCGCCGUCGUUGAGCAGUAUGCUGCAGUUUCGGCUCUCUUUGACGAGCUGGUCAAUGGCCGUGAACCGGAAUUCACCGAGAGUGUUUGGAACCGUCUCCAAUCUGCCUAUUCGACCGGUGCACCAGCCAUUGUAUCGAGUGCAUCGAGUUACGCCCAGGAUGCUUACGCUAGCGCAUCUUCGUUCUAUGAAACUACAUUUACGCCACCCCCAACAGUCGAAGCUCUCCUGGAUAACGUCAAUGAGCAGAUCAAUUCUGCAGUCGAGGCUGUCUCUGCUCAGGUCUACGGUACUACAAAGGGCAAUGUUGAGCAGAUGACCGAAGCUGUCGGUAGCGCGUACAGCGAUGUCGCAUCUCGAGCUAGCGAGGCCGUGUAUGGAACCACUACCGGUUAUGCCGAAGCGGCGCAGAGUCAAAUCUCGGACGCUGCUUCGUCCGCUCAGCAAGCUAUCAGCGAAGCUUUGUUUGGUACACCUUCGACUGCAGGCGCGGCCAGCAUCUACACGUCGAUUGCAUCGGUUGCGUCGGAGAAUCGCGACGCUGUUGUGUCCAAGGCAGUUGAGCAGUACGAGGCUGCUACAUCGGCCGCCAGCAGUGCCAUCUACGGAUCAGAAAAGGGUGCUUUCGAAUCGGCUCAGAGCAGAUUGAGCGUUGCAAUGGCUAGUGCAUCUAGCAGAUUGGCCGAGUUUGGCGAGACGGCAAGCAAAGCCACGGACGAGUCGGUAUCAAAGGUUGUUGAAGUGGCCCAAGAGGCAGCAUCUUCAGCAAGCAGCAUGGCCGAGUCGGUCACUAGCAGAGUCAGAGAUGAGCUCUGA